AUGCCCGUUCCUUUACCAGAAUUGCCCGGCCUCCCUAAUGAUCCUCUCUUCAAGCAGCUCCUCCACAAUGCCCAGGCUAACCCAAACAUUCUGAUCCAUGAUCCGACCCACGGCAUUGACGCUACCGCGGCCCAAUUCCUUCGUGAUGUCGUGGCCUUCCGGGGGAGAAUUGAGGCUCAGCUACCCCGGUGCUAUUUCACUGACCAGGGGAGAUUUCAGAGCCUUGGCGUAUAUAUAGGCAUCCUCGCCCCUCUCAGUUACGACUUUAUCGUAAGUCUAUACGCCAUCACCGCUCUGGGGGCGGCUGCAGUGCCACUAUCUACCAAAGUCCUCCCCGAAGAAGGUGCCUGGCUGUUGAAAAAAUGCAAAGCCAUUUGCCUGAUUGUGACGCCGGACAUGGCCUCGCUCGCAUCCCAGAUUGUAUCCAUGCAGCAGACGGGUGCCUCGAGCGUAUCCCUAACCUGCCCGCUGAUCUCCAUCGAGCACCCCGUGACCGGAAAAAACGAGCCCAAUUCUUCCGGAGAUAUCGCUAGGAUAGAUUUUAACUUGACCUUCCCAUCUACGCAGCCAGCCCUGCUCCUCUUCACCUCCGGCACGACCGGGCCGCCCAAAGGCGUCAUUUUACCUCGGCAGCUAUUCUUCCCACAGGUGGCCCCUGACUGCGACGCAAGCGACGUCGCGAUCCUCUACCGUGCGGUCAACGGUCUUCCGGGGGUACUUAAUCUGAUAGAUCUCUUGUAUGUUGGCGCCCGCGUCGAGCUUUUUCCAGGCGGGAUCCAGCCGGGGCCUAUCUGGGAGCGACUGCGACGCGGCGGCAUCACCUGCCUGGCCGGCGCGACCCGUUUCUGGCAGGUUCUCAUGACAUACUACGAGGAGACGCUAGGGAUGCUGCCAGAGGAGGAACGGGCGCCGUAUGACGAGGGCGCGCGGAAUUUGCGAGUUGCAUGGUUCGGUGGCGGGAUGCCCCUGCCGGCGGCUAAGCGAUUCUGGUUGGGUCUGCGUGGGGAGAAGCCCUGGACAGUUAAAUACGGGUCAUCCGAACAGGGACGUGAGUCAUUCGUGUUUCGGUUCACCGCAGAGACUGCGACAUCACAGCCGGCUAUCGGUCAUCCAUUACAUGGCGUCGAGGCCAAGUUAACCGAAGGAGACCAUGGGGAGCUGCUCAUCAAAAGCCCUACGAUGAUGACUGGGUACAUCGACGACGAAGAUCGCACGAAGGCAGCAUUCGAUAACGAUGGCUUUUAUCGCACCGGAGACCUCGUUCACCAAGAUGAAGAGGGCACAUUCAUUUUUGAUGGUCGGGCUUCGGCUGAUUUUAUCCGGUUCAACGGGUUUCGUGUCUCUGUCUACGAGGUAGAGUCGCAUCUGUGCGACCUGCCAUACGUCUCCGAGGCGUACGUACUGAGCAUUCCGGACAUGCGCUAUGGUCAAUGCGUUGGUUCAAUCGUCCGUUUGAAAGCAGGAGACGCCGGGUGCAGCAACAUACCUAUGCCCCCGCUACUAGAGAAGCUCCGGGUAGAUCUGUCGGCGAUUCUGGCAACAUAUAAGCUGCCGACAGUGUUGCGCGUUGUGGGCGCAACGGAGGAGCUACCACGGAGUCCGGAGGGUAAGCUGGCGCGUAAGCUAGCGCUGCAUAAGUACUUUCUUACACCAUCGAGUGAGGACGGUCAGGGUAUGCGGUCAAAGAUAGAGGUUUGGGAUCUGGCGGUGGAUGAUAUGGUGCCGAAAAGGCCCUGGGAUUGGGGGGUGUAG